CUUUCAGACUCUACCCCACACAAGUCAAGGCGGCCGUUGUUACUUGUGCGCAACGAUUCCGCCCACACCCGGAACAACGGAGACCGGUGUUGUGUGCAUGGACCUGUGUCCCCGGGUAUGGCUCGAUGGAGGAUGGGAUGAGUUCGGGGGGUCGGCGAGCAGGUCGAACGAGGAGAAGGCGAGGGCGGAAACAGCGGAAUACCAGCAAAUCAGUGUCCCUAUCCCACCAGCAGCAGUAUGUAACUUUGUUGCAAUUCCUUCACAAGCAUGGAUUUGAUUGUGUGUUGCAGCCAGCCAACUUUACAGACUUUGGGAGAGGUCUGCAGGCCCAAGAGAUCAUUAAACCAGACGACCUGAUUAUCUCUCUGCCAGAGGCCUGCCUGAUCACCACCUCCACCGUGUUGGACAGCUACCUCGGGCCGUACAUCAAGAGCUGGAAACCCCGCCUCUCUCCCUUAUUGGUUCUCUGUGUCUUCCUAGUCUGUGAGCAACACAAAGGAGAAGAGUCUGAUUGGUUCGCUUAUAUCAACGUCCUGCCCGUAACAUACACUUGCCCCUCCUAUUUUAGCAAUAAUGUCAUCGCUCUCCUGCCAGCCAGCAUACAAAGCCAGGCCCGAGAUCAGAGAAAGGCAGUCAAUGAUCUUCAUUCCUCCAAUCAGGACUUCUUCAGGUCCGUGCAGCCAAUCCUGAGCCGGGAUGCGGAGGAGGUGUUGACCUAUGACGCUCUGAGGUGGGCGUGGUGCAGUGUCAAUACCCGCUCAGUCUUCCUGUCCCGCCCACCCAACCACUUCCUGUCUGGACAGGAUGUGUAUGCUCUGGCUCCCUUCCUAGACCUGCUUAACCACCGGCCGGAUGUGCAGGUGUCGGCCAGUUUCAAUCAUGUGAACGCGUGCUACGAGAUCAGGACUGUCGCCGGAAUACAGCGUUAUCAGCAGGCUUUCAUUAAUUAUGGUUCCCAUGACAACCAACGCCUGUUGAUAGAGUAUGGCUUUGUUGCCCCCGGCAACCCAAAUAGUGUGGUCUACGUGGAUGCAGAUCUCCUUCAACAAGUCCUGCAGGGCGCGCGUGACAGGAGUGUAGACCAAAAAAUGAAGUUUUUAAGAGAAAACAAUUUCUCCCAUAAUCUGACCGUGUCCAGUGACGGUCCCAGUUGGAGGCUGAUGACUGCCCUCAAGCUGUUGGCCCUGCCGCAGGCUGCAUAUCCUUCCUGGAAGGCUGUGUUGCUUGGCCAGUCAGUGUGCGACGACAGCGAACAGUGGGCAGGUAGGACUGCCUGGAUACUCUGUCAAAGACUACUGCAGGACACAAACACAUCCAUGGAGAAGAUAUCCAGUCUCCUCCAGCAUUGUGACAAGCCAACGAAAGAGCAGCUGGGUGUGAUCAGGUCACUCCGGCAGGAAGAGCAGAACAUUCUGGAGAGUUGCAUGCGCGUACUUCAUGGCAUACUAGGAGAGUCCUCCCUCACCCAACCACAACAGGGCUGAUCACCCAUUGGAUUUCCGAUGCCAAUCACAACGGUCCUUCUGGACUGGGGAUCAAGUCCACGUGGAUAUCCCCUUUAUUAGUUACUACGGAAGAGCAAGGUUCAGAUUUGAUAACUAGGUUGGAAAAGACAGUGAGGUUUCCCCUCUGUGUGGUCAGUCAUUUACAUGCAUCAGGACAGAAGCUACAAACCAGCUUAAUUAAUGCAGCCCGCUCAAAUAGUCAAGUUUGGAGCAGUUGCGGGAUAUUAAAAGUCAGAGGCAAGAUCUAUUUUGUCAAAAUAUGUGUCUGCAUGUUUAACCUUCCUUUGGUGCAAAUACAUAAACAAAAGAUAUACAUGCAGGAUUGCUGGGAUUUGGUUCAAAUGCGUGGUAAUGUACAUCAACUUAGUCCUUGGUGUGUUUUAAAGGGGAUUUGGGCAUUUUCAGAAAGACUUCAAUUAAAGUGGGUUACAUUUAAAUGUGUUGCAGAUUUUCCUCAGCCAAAGGUUUGAUAACGUCUUUCCUAUACAAGGACUGUAGAUGCUUACUGUGCUAGAAAUGGACACGUGGUUGCUAGAAGAUAAACGGCGGUUCUCUUGCAUAUAAUAAAUGAAAUUUAUAUAGCGCUUAAUAUGGUACUCUAAGACGCUUUAUCAUAUAUAUCAAUGUUUAUAGCAACCAGUUUCCAUGCGCCCAAUAUCUCCCACAUUGAGUAGUUUUGAUGCAAUACAAAAAUAAUCUGUUUAAUAUUAAAAAUAUUAUUUAUUGCAAGUUUACACAAACUGAUCUUAAAAUAUUAUAUCCAACCCAAUUCACUAACAUUUUAAAUCACUCGCAUGUCACAAAGAAUAAAUGAAGAAGUUAGAUUCACAAACCUGUAUACAUGUCAGCUAAUAAAUAAUCUUUUUUUUUUUCAGGAAAAUAUUGUGGUUAGAUUGGGAUUGGAUGUCAGGUUACAGAAGCAGCCUGAAAGCAGAAUCACAGGGGUGGGCAGUCACUGAUGGGGAGCCAGCAGGUCAGGGACUCUUGGUGGACAGGCACUGGUUGACAACCUCCAGUAGCUGGGAGUUUUCCAGAGCUGCCGCUACUCUUUCCUUGUCAGCAAGCUGCUUGUUUACUGAAAAGAACAAUUAAACACAAACAACUCUUAUCAACCAGCACACGAAAAGUGGAAACUAUCCAUACCUUGAGUUACAGUAUCCAAUGGAUCUUGUAAACCACCACUAAGUGGAAUCCAUUAAUAAUCUGGACCUUAUCUUCACCACAAGCAUAGUUUGCAAUUCAGUCCUCAAACUGCUAAGCUCCACACAGUCUGCAGAGUACCUUACAGUCUAAACACCAUGUCGAUUUAGGUUUGUUGUAAAACAAUUGUUGAUAUGCUGUUCUUUUAGUUUUUCUCCAUUGUACACACAAAAAAUGGAACUAUGCACAAAAUUCUGAAAACUUGAAGCUCAUGAAUCAGCCACUAGACUCCAGACUGCUAAACUCUAAGCACAAUUCUAAAUUCUAAAUCACAUUUUUGCAAAACUAAGCACAAAUCUCAUAAUUUAGCACUCUUGGUUCAACCGAAAAACACUGGCCUUCAAAACGCCCCACCUAAUUACCAAUCAGUCUCACUCACUUCUCACCUGUUCAAACUCAACUGACAAAACACUACAAUCAUGUUUCAGUGCAUAAAAGAGGCCUCAGGUGAGCUCUGUGUUGUAGAUGAGCAUCUCUGGUCUGAUCAGGAUUGGCGGUGGGAUGCAAACUGAUUUACAUGUGGAUCUGUUUCACCUCAUUUAAAAUUCUUAGAUUUUUGUGGACCUACACGUUUUAUCUUUGCAGUUUGAAACAUGAACAUUGAACAUUUACUGUAAGUAACAUUCAUGUUUGCUUUGUUACCGUUUUGUAUUUGUUUCAUCAUUACAUCUCCUGAAAGACAGUCUAAACAUGUCCUCACUAGUGUUUUUCAUUUGAUUUAUCAGUCCAAUUACUGUGAGUUUGGCAAAAAAUAGGUAACAUUUGUGUAUUCUCAGAACUCUAACAAUGUUGCAGUAUCAACAUUGCAGUAUGACUCUGGGAAGCUAGGUUGUGAGUUUAGCCCUUUAGAGCUCAUUGGAUAGACAAAUAUGCUUUGUAUCCUAUUCUGAUACGAUUGAGUCAAUGCAAUAUUUAUUAUACAUUCACAGUAUUGUAUAACAAUAUGGCAACAAUCGUUAUACUGUGUACCAUAAAAUUGCAACCUAAUAAACUUUAAAGAAGGAAACUAUACAUUUGAAUGUAACAUGGCCUCAUGAAGCCAAAACAUAAAUAAACAGUAUUUUGGGAGUGUUUUCAAAUUAU